AUGGCUGAGGAGAUUUAUGAUACUUUACUCAAUCAAACAUUAGAUGACGAUGAUAAAGGAUUGAUUUAUCAUCAACUUGGACAUAUCCGAUACAGACAAGGCUUGUUUCAGGAAGCCAUAACGUUCUAUGACAAAUCACUUGUGCUUUUCAAAAAAACAUUUCCUGCAAACCAUCCUAAUAUAGCCACAUCCUACAACAACAUCGGCUCGGUGUAUAACAGUACAGGUGAUUAUCGAAAAGCACUGGAAUACUAUGAGAAAACUCUUUCGAUUCAACAACAAUCACUUCCUGCAAACCAUCCUGAUUUAGCCACAUCCUACAACAACAUCGGCUUGGUGUAUGACAAUAUGGGUGAUUAUCGAAAAGCACUGGAAUACUAUGAGAAAGCUCUUUCAAUUCGACAACAAUCACUUCCUGCAAGCCAUCCUGAUUUAGCCACAUCCUACAACAACAUCGGCUUGGUGUAUGACAACAUGGGUGAUUAUCGAAAAGCACUCGAAUACUAUGAGAAAAGUCUUUCGAUUGAACAACAAUCACUUCCUGCAAACCAUCCUGAUUUAGCCAAAUCCUACAGCAACAUCGGCUCGGUGUAUGACAAUAUGGGUGAUUAUCGAAAAGCACUCGAAUACUAUGAGAAAGCUCUUUCAAUUCGACAACAAUCACUUCCUGCAAACCAUCCUGAUUUAGCCACAUCCUACAACAACAUCGGCUCGGUGUAUGUCAAUAUGGGUGAUUAUCGAAAAGCACUCGAAUACUAUGAGAAAGCUCUUUCAAUUCGACAACAAUCACUUCCUGCAAACCAUCCUGUUUUAGCCACAUCCUACAACAACAUCGGCUUGGUGUAUAAGAGUACAGGUGAUUAUCGAAAAGCACUGGAAUACUAUGAGAAAGCUCUUUCAAUUCUACAGCAAUCACUUCCUGCAAACCAUCCUGAUUUAGCCACAUCCUACAACAACAUCGGCUCGGUGUAUGUCAGCAUGGGUGAUUAUCCAAAAGCUCACUUGUAUUGUGAACGCGCUGUUCGAAUUGCCAAGUGUUCAAUGUCACCAAAUCACCCGCAUCUUUCAAGGAUUGUCAGUGGCUCGAUCCUGAAUGAAAAAGGACUUCUCGUUUCAGAUGCGUUUGAAUGCAUCAGCUAUCGAAAACACGCAUAA